UGGCCUGGGUGGCCCGCCAUCCAGUGGCUGAAUAGGGCAUGGCGUUCCGCCCUUACGCCAACGGGCUACGGGCCUGCGGUUGGUUUGCAUUGCCGACCGACGUCGUGUCGGUCGUUCUUGGGAUCCAAGCAUUCGUCCGUCAAGGCUUCUUGACCAACUCAGACUCUGUCUCUACUAUUACACAAGACAAUCUCAGAUUCAUAUUUCGUUUCGCCCACCUUGUUGUACGCUCUUUCCCCCAUCUGACUACAGUUAGCAUCUCCCCGUCGCUGCAGAUGGCGGGUUAACAUGGCAAAUCUGCCCGCACGCCCUUCAAAUUCACACCUCAUACACGGACGUGCUGAAGGCCUGCCUCCAUCUGAUCACCAACCUGCAACUGCAGCAUCCGCUGCAACCACCACCACCCCUGCGACUUCCUUACAUCCAAUUUCUUCGAACAGCACCCGCAGAUCCAGGUACUGCUCACUUGCCUCUAUUUUCACUGCCUUGCAAUUCACCUGUGUCGGGUGCUUGGCUAAGAAGAAUCCCUGUCUCUUCUCCGCCUCGCUCCUCACCUGGGUUCAACAAGAGCCACGGCCACCUUAAACCCACGCAUAAUUUACUGCCGCACAUCUACACUGUCCUUCUCGCUUGACCUUUGUUCAGACUACGUCUUUGACAUAUUUUGACGAGAUCCAUUGCUCAUGUCUCGCAGAGUCACUCGUUCAUCUGCGAGGCUCGCUGCAGAGUCUGGCGCCUCCACUACCUCGCCUGCCGCUCCCUCCAACCCGUCGACGGCCAUCUCCACGCCAAACCCCCCCACUGCCUCGUCGAGAAAACGAAAGGCCCCAGCCCGUCGAGCAUCUAGCCCUACCGAUCAUUCUGAAGAGACAAGCCCUCCGUCGACCCGUCGCGGAAAGAGGCAAAAGUUGACCGAGCAGGUCCAGCCUCAGCCGGCAACCGCACAGCCUGUCUCUCGAUCAACUCGGAGAAGAGCAGCGCAGAACGAGGUGGCGAUGUCUAAUAAUGGUAACCCUUCAAAAUACACUGAAGAGUCCGAGAAACCGUUACCCUCAAAAUCGAGUUCACGCCGCCAAUCCAGCAGAAACAACAAGACUCAAGACCUGUCUCCAUCCGCCCCGUCCUCGCAGCCGCGCAGACAGAGAAAGCGCUUGACCAAGAAAGACCAAGAUGUUCAGAUGAAAGACGAGGAAGAAGACGAGAAACUUUCGAGUCAAGAGAAAGACACUUCCCCCCUCGCUCACCACUCCCACAGCGACAGUAACGACGGAGACGAUCAUACCGAUAUGGAUGAUGACGAUGGUCCCGAUCCCUUUUCCGCAGCCCUUUUCGGUGCCGGCCGUGGCCCUUCCUCGGGGUUAUCGAGUACUCUGAGAGCCUUGAGUGGAAUGAUGAGUGGCAUGUCAUCAAGAUUGAGAGAUAUCCUGAACAAUCUACGACAGACAGACAACCCUACUAUGCAGAUGGUGGCCCUAGAGGAGUUGUCGAAUCUGCUGCUGGUCUCAAAUGAAGACAAUCUUUCGGGCCAAUUUUCGCCAGAUCCCUACGUCAAAGAACUUGUGGCCUUGAUGCAACCAAAUCCCAUCACGGGUGAAGAGAAUCCCGAGAUGAUGCUGUUGGCUUGCCGUUGUAUUGCCAAUCUGAUGGAGGCUUUACGAGGCUCGGUGGCCAACGUGGUGUAUGGAGGUGCUGUGCCGGUCCUUUGUCAAAAGUUGCUUGAUAUUCAGUACAUCGACGUCGCCGAGCAGGCCUUGAGCACGUUAUCUAAAGUCUCGAUCGACUUUCCUGGAUCGAUCGUCCGCGAAGGCGGUUUGACCGCUUGUCUUCAAUUCCUUGACUUUUUUGCUACCGGCACACAGCGAACUGCUGUUACCACUGCAGCCAAUUGCUGUCGUAACAUACCUCACGAUUCAUUCCCGGUCAUCCGGGAUGUUAUGCCGAUCCUUCUCAAUGUCUUGUCCAGCCACGAUCAGAAGGUGGUCGAGCAGGGCUGCUUGUGCGUCACUCGGGUCAUCGAUAGUUUCAAGCACAGUCCAGACAAGCUCGAGCAACUGGUUGAUCCGCCGUUACUUCGAGCAAUCCUGGGACUCCUUCUACCAGGUACUACGAACCUCAUUGGAGCAAAUAUUCAUACCGAGUUCCUCCGCGUGCUCGCGAUAGUGGCGCGAGCAAGCCCCCGACUUUCCGCAGAGUUGUUGAAGAUGAAUGUCGUCGACACUCUGUACCAGAUCCUCACGGGCGUGUCGCCUCCCACUGAGACCGAGGACGCUGCUUCCAAAAUUGACAGUGUUGUCAUCAUGCAAGCCUUGAUCCAUAGACCGAGGGAACAGAUUUAUGAAACCCUGAACGUCAUAUGCGAACUCCUCCCAAGCCCAAACCUCUCCGAUGAGUCGGACUUUGAAGUCUACGAAGAUAUGGAUGACUACAUGUCCGAUGAGGGUAACCAGCAACCAGCGCAGCAAUCAAAGACGGAGAAGAGACUGGAGCUGCUGCAAGACUGCAAACAAGAGACACGCCGUUUUGCGACCAUCCUUCUCCCAACAUUGACCGACGCUUACUCAAGUACUGUCAACCUGAGUGUCCGGCAGAAAGUACUUAUCGCCCAGCUCAAGAUCCUCUCCAAUCUCGAAACCUCUGUCAUCGAGGAAGCUCUACGCCCAGUACCAUAUGCAUCGUUCCUUGCGUCGAUAUUGUCUCAAGAGGACCACCCAAGCUUGGUCAUGUUUGCUCUCCAAGCGUCAGAACUACUUUUUGAAAGGCUUGAAGACAUCUACCAAUACCAGUUCCACCGCGAGGGUGUAAUCGGCGAGAUCAAGAAAUUGGCGGACAGGCCCCUCGAAAUCGACGCAAAGUCUUCGAAAAGCAACGAUCCGAACGGUCACAAUAGUGCCGCGGGUGAUAAUAGGACCCAACCAGUGGGCGAUGAGAAGCAGCGCCACGGACGCGACGGCGACAACGAUGACGAAGAUGGCGACGGAGAAGUCGACGAAGAGGAUGGCGAGGAGAAUGAUGACGAUGAUGCAGAAGACGAAGACAAUGAGGAGAUGAGAGAGGACGACGAUGAAGACGAGGACGAUGACAUUGGAGUUCGACAUCACCACGACCACGAUCUGGAUGAUUCUCAGAGUUCAGACUCUUCCGAUGAGGAUGACGAGAUGCCGUCUCCGCUGGCCAUUGCUGGAGUCGCCGAUCUGGUAGUUAUACGGGCGAAGAAAUUCUUGGAAAAAUAUGACACGCCAAAGGGUAAAGAGUUGAAAGAAAGGGCCUCCAAGAUCCGUACCGACCUCCAUGAGCUGGCGAACGACAUCGAAAAUUUUUACAGCCAACCGAACCAGAUGGAAACCGACAAUAACCUCUUCACCCGCCUGGCAAGUUAUUUCGACGGCGAUGCCUUGGAAAGCAUAACAAGUUCUGAGUUGUUGGACUCUGGGAUUAUUCGCGUGCUAGUACAGGUCCUGUCUGAAGUCCCUCCAGCGUCCAGCACUGCUAGGGAACACCUCGUUGCAGCUUUCAUGCAAACGACCUAUAAAGGCAACAUUAAAACAACCUCGGCGACAUCUGCGGCGACGCCUUUCAGUGUCCUCGUUCAAAAGUUGCAGGAUCUAUUGAGCCGUGCGGAACACUUCGAAGUCCUCACUGUCAACAACAACGCCUCCGAGAGCAAUCGGAGCAGCUCCACUUCAAUGCUGUCGCGUCAGCUACGUCUGAAACUGGCAGCAGAUGCUGACAGCGAUAUUCCUCCAACAUAUCGUGACAUGGUCGUCUCCAUUCACGCGAUUGCUACUUUCAAGGCACUUGAUGAUUACCUCCGACCUCGAAUCAGCCAAUCCGAGCGUCCAGCGUCGGCCCAGCGCCGCCGUGACAUGCUUCAACAGCUGGCAAAUGCUCGCCUCGCCCAUCUUUCUGGUGCUGCCGAGUCAGGAUUGCUCUCUCCAUUCGGGCAGGAACUUAGUUCACCGGCCCCUACUGGGAAGGUAAACUCUCGUCCCGAAUCUCGUGUCUCUUCUCGAACAAAACAAAGAUCUGAGGAGCGCCAGAAUGCCGUCGACAACAAGCCAGCCGAAAAGCCCGAGCGAAAGCGGCUCACUCGUCGCACCCAGGCUUCUUCGUCAAAUCAGCUCCCGGCGCCCGAGCCCAGCUCCGAGGACACAUCUAACAAGUUAGAGUGUGCGGAUGAAAAAGUUCUGGAAGAUGUCGAAGCUCCUGAUGCCGAGGGGGAAAGCGCACUCGAGGCCUUUGUGGAUGGCCUUGAGGAGGAUGGUUCGGAUGCAGAAGCGCCUGAGCCGGGAGCUGUCAAUAUGGAAAUUGGCUCUAGUGGCAAGGUGACGGCUCGAAAAGAAGAUGGUACGAGAGUCCUUACGCCUCAGCCAGGGACACCUGUCCCUGGAAGCACUCGCCCACCAUCUUCAGGGCAAUCUCCCGGGCCCUCUCCAGCAGGGCCGGGAGGUCGCCCCUCAUAUGCUCAAGCCCUUGCAUCGAUUCCUCAAGACUGGCACAUUGAGUUCAGUAUCGAUGGGAAGAUUAUCCCGAACAAUACGACCAUCUAUCGAGCAGUUCACCACAACCGUGAUCAGCCACAGGUUCCGGCAUCCCGGAGCGUCUGGUCCGGUGUCCACACAGUGAAAUUCAGAAAGGUCCGCGGCCCUCCUCCUACACCGUCCAAUAUCUCUACUUGGGACGAGAGCGAAAACCGUGAGUCCAAAAAUGGUUUACCAGCUUCGUUCAGUGGCCAUCCUGUCACGUCCUCUAUCCUCGCUUUGCUCAGAAUCCUCCACGAGCUCAACGCAAAUCUUGACGAGCUACAAGAUUUCAUUGGACAACCGGAAUCGAAGCUCUAUCCAGAGUCUCUUGCAUCCUUUAUCAACACGAAAUUGACGGCCAAGAUGAAUCGCCAGUUGGAGGAACCCCUGAUUGUGGCUAGUAACUGCUUACCUGAUUGGAGCGAAGACCUUGCUCGGUCAUUUCCAUUCCUAUUCCCCUUCGAGACCAGACACCUUUUCUUGCAGUCGACCUCGUUCGGAUACUCACGUUCUAUGAUUCGAUGGCAGAAUAGUCAAUCCGAGAACGACGACCGCCGCGACCGUCGCAGAGAUGACAGACCCAUGCUAGGCCGACCUCAGCGUCAGAAGGUGCGCAUCUCUCGGCAUCGUAUCCUGGAGUCAGCCAUGAAGGUUAUGGACAUGUAUGGCGCCUCCCCCAGUGUCUUGGAAGUGGAGUACUUUGAAGAAGUUGGAACAGGUCUAGGCCCGACUCUCGAAUUCUACUCGACUGUAUCGAAGGAGUUUUGCAAGAAGAAGCUGAAAAUGUGGCGAGAGAAUGAUUCGGGCGAGAACGACCAGUUUGCCUUCGGCAAGAAUGGCCUUUUCCCGACCCCUAUGAGUCCGGAGGAGAGUCGAGGCGAAGCGGGCAAAAAGCUCUUGCUUUUGUUCAAGACGCUCGGAAAAUUCGUGGCUCGUUCAAUGCUCGAUUCACGAAUCAUCGACAUCGCAUUCAGUCCAACCUUUUUCAAGAUGGGCGGGGCUAGCAAUGCGGCUCCCUCGAUUGGCUUGCUGCGAACGAUCGACCAGGACCUUGCAAAUUCUCUGUCUCAACUUCAACAAUUCCUCAAAGCCAAGGCCCGAAUUGAAGUGGAUUCAUCUAUGACCGAAGAUGAGAAGGCACAGACGAUCGAGGACCUCACCAUCCGUGGAGCCAAAGUUGAGGAUCUCAUGCUCGACUUCACCCUGCCUGGCUAUCCCAGUAUUGAGCUCGUUCCAAAUGGCUCGAACGUUAGUGUGACCAUGGAAAACAUCCAGCAUUAUGUGGAACGAGUGCUCGAUCUCAGCCUUGGAAGCGGCGUCCGCGCCCAGAUCGAGGCGUUCCAGACUGGAUUCUCUCAAGUCUUUUCGUACUCGUCUCUGAGCGCAUUCACCCCGGAUGAGCUGGUCAUGCUCUUUGGCCGUACCGAGGAAGACUGGAGCAUCGAGACACUGAUGGAUUCGGUCAAAGCCGAUCACGGGUACAAUAUGGACAGCAAGAGCGUCAAGAAUUUGUUGCAGACCAUGUCGGAACUGACCCCGGCCCAACGCCGUGACUUCUUGCAGUUUGUUACCGGUAGCCCGAAGCUUCCCAUCGGAGGAUUCAAGAGUCUUACGCCGAUGUUCACGGUGGUUUGCAAACCUAGCGAGCCACCCUACACAUCCGACGACUACUUGCCCAGUGUUAUGACUUGUGUCAAUUACCUCAAGCUUCCGGACUACACCUCGCAGAAGGUGCUAAAGGAGAGGUUGUUUGUGGCUAUUCGAGAGGGCCAGGGCGCGUUCCAUUUGUCUUGAAGAUUGGCUACAAUUUGCACUGGAACUCCGGGACGGUCGGAAAGAGGACGAAUCCCCAAAUUAUGGGCGUGUGGAUGGAAGUGGAUUUCAGUGUGCAUCACUCUUCAACGGUAAUAAGCUUUUUCUCGAGCUUGGAAAACAAACAAGAUGGGUUGCAAGUAAUGGUUGAUUGCGGGGGCUGGAAGCAUCCUCAUAUAACGACAGAAAGGGACAAGACGGCCUUCGAGCUGGCACAAUCGGACUUGGGUGCGAAUCAGGUCAAAUCCGGAAUGGUCAUGGGAGUCUUGCAAUUCAGCCAGUUUGUAUGGCCGUGGGAUGCGUUGACCAGGAUCAGGAUUCCAUUUGUGUGCUGGCGGUACAACUGGCAGCAAGGUCAUGGAUCAUGGAUCGUGGCGAUCAAUGGCCAGGUUAUUGAUGGGCGACCUGCAGCCAGGCUACCCUGCCUGCGAUGCAAGAUGCAAAAAAAGGAGAAACAGGAAAGACUGGGAUAUGUGAGGCAAACGAGUGGCAUGGGGAGGCAAGGAAGCAGAGAAGAAAGAGAAAACAACCGAAACCACAUAGCUUAGUUUUCAAUGACAAUGAAACCCUCAUGAUGUUAGAUAGAGGGAAUAAGGCGGCCCUGCCGGAAUUACAUAUUGGAUGACCACGGUGAC